CCCGAGGUCGUUUCCGAAUCCCGAGGCCCGAUCCAGGAGGAUAGCUCGUCAAAUUUUCGACUUCGACCUAACCAUCUUCCAGUUUGGACGGAGUAUUGACACCUGGCAAGACAUGACAUAAUGGCUUCUGUCCUCAAGUGCAGUCGACUCCUUUUGUCGACCCAGAAUGCCAAAUUUCGACCCCUUGGAAUUGUUGCCUUGCAGUGUGACAACCAAAGAAGACGGUCUUCGCCUGUCAAUCGGGACACUAAACAUUUUGCAACGAAACUCCCGACGAAUUCCGCAUAUUUACAAUCUCUGAAGUACAGCAGUACAGCCAUUUCAAGGGGUGGUAUCAAAGCCUGCAAAUGCACAACCAGCAGCACCCUCCUCCCUUUGCCAAAGAGAAUUGGCUUUCUGAACAAGCCAUGCAACGCUCGAAACUGUUUCCACCCUGGUGCCUCACAGCUAGCGUCCAUUGCCGGUGAACUCAACAUCAACAGGGAAGUGACGGCCCAGGAAAUGAUCAAGGGGCUCUUUAGCUACAUUUGGCCUAAAGAAGACUCCUCCAUCAGAAAGCGAGUCGUACUGGCUCUGUCAAUUCUGGCUGGUGCAAAAUCAAUUGCUGUUUGCGUUCCGUUUCUCUUCAAAUGCGGUCUCGACACCCUAAACAACAACCCUCCAGACAUUGUUCUCUCCUUGGCUGGAGGAGCCGAAUCGAUGGCUUCGGUUGCUGCCACCUUGCUAGUGUGCUAUGGUCUGGCUGGUGCCACUGCUGCUGGUUUUAACGAAUUGCGCAACGCGGUCUUUGCAAGGGUCGCUCAGCAUUCCAUCAGGAAAAUUGCCAGAAAUGUGUUCCUGCAUCUCCACAAUCUUGACUUGUCGUUUCACUUGGACAGACAAACAGGUGCCUUGUCCAAGACGAUCGAUAGAGGUAGUCGAGGCAUCAACUUUGUGCUAACUGCUAUGAUUUUCAACAUUUUCCCGACUAUCUUUGAGUUAACGCUAGUCAGCUCAAUUCUGGGAUCAAAAUUCGGGUGGCCUUUCGCUAGUGUUGCGCUUGGCUAUGUUGGCAUUUACGCAACAUACACAUUGCUGGUCACCCAGUGGCGAACAAAAUUCAGAGUUCACAUGAACCAGGCCGAGAAUGAAGCAGGCAACAAAGCGAUUGACUCGCUUAUUAACUAUGAAACUGUGAAAUAUUUUAAUAAUGAGAAACACGAGGCUGAUAGAUAUGAUGAGGCUCUUAAGAGGUUCCAAACCGCAUCUCUGAAAACAAGCACCAGUCUGGCACUGCUGAACUUUGGCCAAAGUGCGAUUUUUCAAGCUUCAGUAGCAACCAUGAUGCUUCUCUCAGCACGUCAAAUUUCGCAGGGAAAUAUGACGGUCGGUGAUCUUGUGCUGGUCAAUGGUCUUCUUUUCCAACUCUCAGUACCCCUCGGAUUCCUUGGUUCGGUCUACAGAGAAGUGCGGCAAGCCCUCAUUGACAUGAGGACAAUGUUCUCUAUAAUGGCGACUGAUGCCAAUAUCAAAAAUAACCCAGGCGCAGCUUUGCUUGCGCUGACUCACAGUUCCGCAAGCAUCAAAUUCAAUAAUGUGUCUUUCCAAUAUGUACCUGGCAAGUCUGUUUUGAGAGAUUUGAGCUUUGAUAUCACACCAGGCAAGAAGUAUGCGAUUGUGGGCGGCUCAGGCUCUGGGAAAUCUACAAUUAUUAGGCUACUUUUCCGCUUUUUUGACCCUAACACUGGGAACAUUCAGAUAGGAGGACAGGAUGUCAGAAAUGUUGACUUAGAAUCGCUAAGAAAAAGCAUUGCUAUUGUGCCACAGGACUCCGUGCUUUUCAAUGAAACAAUAUUUUACAACCUGCAAUACGGAAAUUUGUCUCGAACUAAGGACGAAGUGAUUGCUGCGUCUAAAAUGGCUGACCUGCACGAUUCAGUCAUAAGGUGGCCGCAAGGAUAUGAAACAAGGGUUGGUGAGCGUGGUCUGAAAUUAUCAGGCGGUGAGAAACAAAGAGUGGCAAUCGCCAGGGCUAUUCUCAAAGACGCGCCGAUUUUGGUUUUUGACGAGGCUACUUCAUCCUUGGAUUCAAUCACAGAACACAAUAUUCUUGAGGCGCUGAGGCGAGCUACAACGGGGAGAACGUCAAUUUGCAUUGCCCACAGACUGUCGACCAUACUUGACGCGGACGAGAUUCUAGUUUUGGAAGCUGGCCGCGUUGCAGAGCGAGGUUCGCACCAAGAGCUCCUCCGCAACGCGGACAGCACUUACAGCCGUCUGUGGAAAGCUCAGAGAGGUGGCAGCUUGUCGGGGGCCUGAACGCAAUCAAGGGAUUAACUUUUAAUGUUUUAUGAAAAGUGAUAUUUACUCUUGUUAAACCCUCAUGAUUGUAGAUUAAAGUUCCAAUAAAGUCCAGGGAGUUACCAAUACAAUUUAUUCAUCAUGCAAAGCUACUCCAAGGCCAGAAACAUGA